UUCUCUUUUAAAGCUCUUCAGCAUUUCCGUUGCUUCUCAUCUAAAUUGUUGUUUAAUUCAAUUUUGGAAAAUUUUUAAUUAUUCUUUUUAUUUUAUCUUUGAUUAGUUGAAUCGAAUUAUUUUAUUCUCUUGUAAACAAAUGCUUUGAAAUGUCAAAUAUUGAGAUUAAAGAAGAGACUAAACAAGCUGGAAAACAAGGUAAAAAAAAAUCUAAAAAAGUAUCUACAAAAGAAUCUAAAAAACAAGUCAAUUCAAAACAAUCUACUAAACAACCUGUCAAACUUAUUAGUGAUUAUUUUACACGAGCUAAAAGAAUACCAUUUAAGGUUCUUGUUCAACAGGAGGAGAAAAAGAUUAAACAUCAUUUGAUUGGUAAAACUGAUCCGAAAGGAUUUAAGAUUAUUGAAUCUCAAGAAAAAGGUAAAGGUGUUGUUUGUGUUAAUAAAAUAAGCAAAGGAAGUUUCGUUUGUGAAUAUUCUGGUGAUCUAAUUAAAAUUUCCGAAGCAAAAACUCGAGAACAAGAAUAUGAAAAGGAAAAAUUUGGCUGUUAUAUGUAUUUCUUUGAUUGGAAUAAUAGACGUUAUUGUGUUGAUGCAACCAAACCCACGGAAAGAAUUGGCCGUCUAAUUAAUCAUAGUCGUAAAUCUCCUAAUCUAAAGACCAAAGUAUUUCCAAUUGACGAUGUUCCUCAUCUGAUUUUCAUCACUCUUCGUGACAUUGAACCAGGAGAGGAAUUGCUUUAUGAUUACGGUGAAAGAAACAAAGACGCUAUCGCAGCGCAUCCAUGGCUUGUGUCUAGUUGAUAUUUAUUCAUCGUAUCAGUGACUUACAUUUUCAUAUUGUAUCAAAUUAUAUCUGUACUCUAGUGUAUUCUAUUAACGCUCUCUAUCUCUCAUCCUUUCUCAUCCUUUUUCAUCCUUUCAUUUAUAAAUAUUGCAUUUACAUCAAAUUCAAUUACAUGUAAUUUUACGUGAGCAAACCUAAUUGGCUUCAAUUAACCGAAUUUGCAAAUUACGAGCUUAUUAGUAACUAUGAUUACUUUUAUGGUUCACUUAUCAUCAAUUUGAAUUUAUCCAAUUUGCCACGUUUUUCAUUAUCUAAAUUAAUGAAUUAAACUUAAUUAGAUUGUUUCUUUUUCAUGAUCAAUUUAACGGAAAAAGAAAA